CACAAUUUGACACUUAAUCAAGUAAUGGAAAAGUUAAUUUCCUAUGAGAUAAUCAUCCUAAACUAGAGCUAUAAAAACCCACGUGAGUUAGUGUAUGUGAAUCAUUUCUUAAACACAAAACUAAGAAAAUUUGACCGUCAAUCAAGUAAUGGAGAAGCUAAUUUUCAUUGGUGUUGUAGUGCUUAUGGGAUUGUUCACCUCAGAACUAAGAGUAACAUCAGCAGUUUGGCAGCGAGCUCAUGCAACUUUCUAUGAUGGACCUAAGGGAGGUGCAUGUGGGUAUGGAGAUCAACUAAUAGGUGAUUAUGGAACAAACACAGCUGCUUUGAGUAUGGUUUUGUUUAAUGAUGGGAAAUCAUGUGGUGGUUGCUAUCAGAUUGUUUGUGAUGCAAGUCAAGUCCCCCAAUGGUGCCACAAGGGAACUUCCAUAACAGUUACUGCCACUAAUUUCUGUCCCCCAAACUAUAAUCUCCCUAAUGACAAUGGUGGUUGGUGUAAUCCUCCUAGACCACAUUUUGACAUGUCUCAAUCCGCUUUCGAAUCCAUCGCGAUUUAUAGAGCCGGGAUCGUUCCAAUCUUUUACCGAAAAGUUUGGUGCAAAAAAAGAGAUGGAGGCAUGAAAUUUACAAUGAAUGGGAAUGAUUACUUUAAUUUAGUGGUUAUAAGCAAUGUAGGGGGAGCAGGGGAUAUUUCCAAUGUUUGGAUCAAAGGGUCAAAAAUGGAAAAAUGGGAAUCCAUGUCAAAGAAUUGGGGUGCUAACUGGCUAAGCUCAAGGUAUCUUAAUGGUCAAAGCUUGUCCUUCAGAAUUCAACUCAGUGAUGGAAGAAGUGUUAUAGCUAAAGAUGUGGUUCCCUCUAAUUGGAGAUUUGGUCAAACAUUCUUCAGCAAUGUUAAGCUCUGAUAAAUAAAUAAUAUUUUGUCUACAUUGGUCUUUAUACUAGAUCCUAUAAUAAACCAGAUGUGCUAUUUGAACACAUUUAAGAGACAUCAAAUACUGGACACAGUAGUUUAGUGUUCCAAAAUCACAUGUACUCUCUCACUUGUGUAUAUGACUAUUGUUACAAAAUUGCCCUUCCAUAUAUAAUAUAUAUACAGUGCUAUAAUAUCAUUUGAUAAGUA